GGGCGUGGGAAUGGCGCUCAGCCGGCUCCUCUGCCUGCCCCUCUGCCUCCUGCCCCUCUGUCUGCCGCGCCCGGCGGCGCCCCGGCCGCCCGCCCCGCACCUGGUGCUGGUGCUGGCUGACGACCUGGGCUGGGGCGACGUGGGCUGGCACGGCUCUGCCAUCCACACUCCGCGGCUGGACGCGCUGGGCGCGGGCGGCGUACGGCUGGAGCGCUACUACACCCAGCCGCUCUGCACCCCGUCCCGCAGCCAGCUACUCUCCGGCCGCUACCAGAUCCACACAGGUUUACAACACCAGAUAAUUUGGCCAUGCCAGCCCAGCUGUCUGCCAUUGGAUGAGAAACUCCUCCCAGAGCUACUUCAAGAGGCGGGAUAUAUUACUCAUAUGGUGGGGAAGUGGCAUUUAGGGAUGUACAGAAAAGAAUGCCUUCCAACUCGCAGAGGAUUUGAUACUUUCUUCGGCUAUCUUUUGGGCAGUGAGGAUUAUUAUACUCAUGACCGCUGCGUCCUCAUCAAAACAAAAAAUGUAACGCGCUGUGCUCUGGACUUUCGAGAUGGAGAAGAAGUUGCAACUGGAUUUAAAAAUAUGUACUCCACAAAUUUAUUUACAGAAAGAGCAAUAGAUCUUAUAGCCAAUCACAAAACUGAGAAGCCCCUCUUUCUCUAUCUUGCCUUUCAGUCUGUCCAUGAACCUCUUGAGGUCCCUGAAGAAUAUGUGAAACCAUAUUUUUAUAUAAAAGACUUAAAGAGGCGCCAUUAUGCAGGGAUGGUGACUCUUAUGGAUGAAGCUGUAGGAAAUCUUACCGAUGCUCUGAAAACAUAUGGUCUUUGGGACAACACAGUUCUUGUUUUCUCUACUGAUAACGGAGGACAGACUUUGGCAGGUGGGAAUAACUGGCCACUGAGAGGGAGAAAAUGGACCCUCUGGGAAGGAGGAGUGAGAGGAGUAGGCUUUGUUGCGAGUCCUUUGCUGAAACAAAAAGGUGUAGAAAGUCAUGAACUCAUCCAUAUCUCUGACUGGCUGCCAACACUGGUGCAUCUUGCUGGAGGACAUACCAAUGGCACUAAGCCCUUGGAUGGCUUUGAUGUUUGGAAAGCUAUCAGUGAAGGAAGACCUUCUCCCAGAGUGGAACUGCUGCACAACAUAGACCCCAUGUUUGUGGAUGACUUCCCAUGUCUUGGCAUUGACAACAGGACGUCUUUACCACAGAGCAAUUCUUCUCCAUGGGAUGAUGCACUUUUCAAUAUAUCCAUGCAUGCAGCAAUACGACAUGGAAAAUGGAAAUUACUAACUGGAUAUCCAGGAUGUGGUCAUUGGUUUCCUCCACCAUCUUUGUUCAGGGAGUCGGAGAUUCAGUCAUCUGAUCCAUCGAUGAAGAGACUUUGGCUGUUUGAUAUUGUUGACGAUCCUGAAGAGAGAAAUGAUUUGUCUGAAAAAUAUCCUUAUGUGGUCAAAAAACUGCUCUCACGGCUUCAGUAUUACCAUAAACAUUCAGUGCCUGUGUUCUACCCUGAUGAGGAUCCCCGCUGUGAUCCAGCAGCAACUGCAGCAUGGGGUCCUUGGGCAUAAUGCAGCUUUGCAUCCUGCAAAAACAAACCCUAGUAGAGUCUGUAUAUGGACUCUUUAUAUUGACUUUUAGAUUUACUACUUUUGUAUGUAUCUUAAUGAUCCAUGUUGUCCUUCAAAUAUCUUUUUGAGAUAAAGCAUCCAAAUAGCAGAGGCUCCAUCAGUCCUCAUUCUUUCAGAAUAGUUUGGUUAGUUUAUUUUCGCAAUCAAAUGCAGGUGGAGAUGUUGACACCAUUCCCCAGUGUGUAAGGCACGUAGAUUCAAUGAAUUCACGUUAUUCUCUUUUUUCAUAGGGCAUAUUCAACUAGAAAGCUAACUGUUCUCCGUUGAUAUCCACAUAUAACAUUUUAGUUUAUAGUAGCCAUUACAAGAUGUGGUUGCCACAAUAACAAGGCACUGGACUUGGGAUAGAGGGGAAUUUCUGCCCUACAUUCUUCUGUGUCCUUCAGCAUUCAGCACUCAUAUUACACGAGGAGAGAUGUUGGCUUACCCACAAAAGCAGAAACUUUUGUUAAUGGUAUUUUUAAUACAGAUAUUGCUCUUUUUUAUGUUCAUAUCUAGUUUCAUGGAAAACAAUGAAACAUCAGGAAAAAAACAUCAGCUAAGUUGUAAAAGCUCAAGUAAAUAAUGUGUUUGAGUCUCCUUGGCUAAAGUUAGAAAAGAUUAAAAAAUGUGUAAUUUUAAUUUCAGAGGUAAGCAGAACUUUUAUGUAUUCUCUUUUCUGUGUGUCCUACAAUCUGCAUUUUAAUAUCUUGCUGCUAUUCUAGUUCAUAUAAUUAAUUUACUAGGAAGAGACUGUUGCACAUCACUGUCGUGUAUAGGUAUUCAAUUCACCCUCUGUUUCCUCUCAUUAUAUUUUAAAAUCCAAAGAUUCAUUAUUUUCUCAGCUACAGUAUAAAUCAUUGUUUAUUUUCUAAUUUUCUACGGGUGGUCUUUCAUAAAAUAUUUUAAUUGAACUGGGUUAGGAAAAAAAACAUCUGGCUGACACGUUUAGGUUGGCAUCUCCAAAGAGUUGUAUACUGUUCAAUUGUUUCAAAUUGGGAAAUAGAGAAUUCUUUAUAUAUUUUGUGGUUUCUUAACAUUCAAAAAUGAAAGUAUUUUGACCUCUCUAAAUAAAACUUCAUUUCAUCCCUUUCCAAGUUAAGAUUAAUUUUUAAUCUAGCAAACAUUUGGGCAUUUCGAAUUCAAAAGUCUUAAUUUUUAUGCUUUAGAAAUUAUUUAAACUUCAGAAAAGUAACUAAGUUUAGGAAGAAUGCUCACACUGGCUACUCAUUUUGCAUUGCUUAUUUACAAAAAAGAUGCAUCCAGUCAAGGAGAGGAUGAUCUUAUAAGCAAAACAGAAGAUCUGGAUCUGUUCUUGAGUGAAAGACUAUAUUCAGCCUGAAAAGAAUUUUUCCAACAUACCUAAAGUUGAUAAACAGGUCUUGGGUACAGAUCUGAGUUUAAUCCUCUGCAGAAGAACCUGGAGUUUAAACAGUUGUAGUCUGUUUGGAUUUGAAGCUCCACUACUAGUCCCUGUCAGCCUCCAUGAACUUGCCUCUCAUCUUACUUUCUGACAAAGAGAUUUAAUGGUAGUAAGGCUACUUGGGAUAUUCCCAAAGCUUUUCCAUGCUUGUAUGGUAGAGUCUGGCACACAAGGACAAAUGGUCCAUAUGUGUAGCCAUGUUUGUAAUCCUAGGGCCGGGGACACCUGAAUGAGAAAUAGGCAAGUGAAUCACAACACAUGUAAGUCAAAGUCUAAAUGAAAGAUUACUUGGCAAGUAAAAAAUAUAUAAUGUCAAGCAUUACCAGGAGAUUCAGGAUCUAACCACAGGUUUCUGUCCUGAGCCUAGGAACACCAAACCAUUUCCAAAGACGUAGCAGUUAUGAGUGGAGAAUUUCUUUUCCUGCCUGUCUGCUCCUUUGGCAGCCCACCGCAGGCCCCCCUCCAGCUGGACCCUGAGGCUAUGUCUCUGUAACAUUAACUGUAGCUCUGGCAUGAUGGAUGGGUCAGAGGACCUUUCUACAGCCAGCCCUUCCCUUGGCAGCCCCUUUGCAGCCCCGCCCUAAGUGGACCCAUAGGCUUCAUGUCUCUCUAACUAUAAAUAAGCCGAAGUUUGUAAUGAGAAAACAGUGCUUUUGCUAAGAGAAAGGGAAAAACCUGCCAACUCAAAGUUUGAGGAGGUUAAGCAAUUUUUUUGCCAGCAGGUUUCCAACUGGAUGUUUUAAUUCCUUCAGUUUAUUUUCUUUGUCAGUUGCAGGCAGUGCACUCAGUUUUCUUUCAAGCUGCAUUGUAAUAUGGGAAGAUUCUGGUUAAAUAUACGGUGUAAAGAGUUCCCUGGGGUCCCAAACUGCUUUUUCUGAUUCCAGUGCUCUCACAUGUCUUCUUCCAGUGCCUUAUGAUUCACAUAUGAGCUCAUCUACAUCAAGCAGAGCUGCUGCAAGGAACAGUAAAAACUUUUUUUGGCAUAAAGCAGUUAGAGUGAGUCAGCCAUGCAACUAUGGACAGGAUCAGUGAUGGCCCGUGUGAUAAUUGCAUAUUGUAGUUAAGCAGAGGCGAAGAGGAUGAUGCAUUAGUUCUUGUUAUGUUAGUUGUUCCCUCCUGAGACUGUUAUUUUUUGUGGGUGGAGUGGAGAGAUAUUGGAAGGAUUGGUGAUAUAUCUGCUGCCAAGUUUCAAAAAGGACUACCAGCUGCCAUCAUCAAAGCAGCUACCGGAUGUUGAUUCCCUAAUCCUGGCUAAACUCAAUAGCAAUAAAGGCAGUUAUAUUUCGUCUGCAGGACUAUAGUUAGAAAAAGUACAGUCAGAAUCUCUAGAUUCGGAUCUGAGGAAUGCAGUGUUUAUUUGGACAAAUCUUCAAAAGCCACAACAAGGUACUGCACCAAAGCCACAGUGCUAGGCUGCCAGAUUUUGGCAUUCAGAACAGUGACAAAAAUAAAAGAGCUCUGUCUUGUUUUUCUGCCAUGCAUUCUUGCUGUUUCUUCAAGCAAGCAAGGAGUCAGAACACAGUGAAUACAUGUACAAACAAAGUAAGCUGUGUUCAGUGUUCAGCAAUGCUUAUUGAGGAGUUUUGAGCAUAGAGCCCAUGCUAAUGAAUAGAAAACUUUGAUCAGGACAUCUGUGUCCGGCCUAAAUCAUUUCAUUGGAUCUGCAAUUUUGCCAAGAGCAUCACUCAGUGGCCCUAUUAACCAGGGCUGUUGGAGCCUUUCUUUAUUGUAUACAUUCUCCAAGCACACUCAUGAAGGAGGAGUCAUCAAUUUUUAUUGGAUAGAAGGCUCCAAAAUGGCUUAUUCAAGGACAUCUGAGCCCUUAAGUUUACCCUUCACGUUUAUCCCGCUUCACUGGAAAAAAAGUUUAAUGAGCCUGUGCAGGCGCUGAGAAAAUAAAUGUUGAGAGCAUUGAGUCAGAGGCUGGACUUCACCUCUAGUAAACAUAGUUUCAGAUCCAGUUUAACUAUGCUUAACUCACAGAAGCAAAUAGUUUGGGAGUUUUUUAUCUAUAGAAUUCAGUCAUGGCAAUUCUGUGAUUCCAACCUGUUUUCUCAAUGUUGCUCAUCAGUGUGCAGUUAUCCAGGGGAAUAAUCAGUUUCUGGAGAAUGAUAAUUUUUUCCUCACUUCUCUGUGUAUGAGGAGUAAGAGGAGUUUUUUAAAAGGCUGUGAACAUUAUAAUAACUGCCAGCCCAAGAACCAUGAAUGCACUGCUUCCCUGUAGGUGGCUGCUAUAGGUGUACUGAAUUUUCACUUUUAAUUCUUGUGCCUUUUGCUUUGUUUUCAAAUAUUCUGUUUUACAAAUCAUACUUGAUUGAUAAAGCACUGUCUGAAAUAAUCCCAAAGGGGCUAUUAGUCUACUCUGGUCAUACCCGAGUUACAGCAGUGACAUGUUGUAGAAACAAAGUUGUUGUCCUGCCUUUUCAGUUCUGUUUUUACAUUGCUCUGUAAUAAAGAGAGCAUGGUCAUGGUACAUUAAAGAACUGGGUAAGAGCAACAUAUGCAUUGCCAUUACAUUGCUACUAGCUAAAGCUCCAAAACUAAUAUAGUGGAGAAACCUAGCUAAGAAUUUACUGACAGUUUUCUUUUGCCAUAAGCUUAGCAUUAGAAAAAAAAUCCAGAACAGUUGAAAUGGCAUAGCCUUUGGCUGAGUGAAAAAUAGACACAUUUAUAAUAUCAAAGAAGACUUAGGAAAGUAUCCCAUCAGGAUUUUGAAAAAUGUAGGAGGGAAUAGAGUAAAACAAUUGCAUUUCUGUUUAUAUUUGCCCUAGAAAGUAGCCCACUUGGAAGAAAUAUUUAAGAAUGUGAAUGAUUGAGAGAUUGUCUCUUAUAGGCAGCAGGUAUAAGAUACAAGUCUGAAAUUCCUUUGAGUUAUAGUUGCUGGUUAACAGCAGGAUUUUUGGUAAUUAUUUCUACCCACAAUCCAAAGGAAUUUUAAUGUGUAUUGUUUUAUGUGGAGAAGUUUUUAGAAUUCACCUUUUUCUGGUUUUACUUUGUAAUAAAGAAGAGGCCAUGGUAUAAUGAAAAAAUGCCUAAAAGCAAAUUUUUCUUUAAUUGCUAUUCCAACAAUAAAAAAUGGAGAGCAUUUUCUUACAAAAAUUAGAUUUUCUAUGUAAAUGUUUGUUCUAUUAACAGCAUUAAAUACAAUGGCAAGAAUCCAUCUUUACAGCAGUAAACACUGAGUGUAGUUUUAAGAGGCAAGUGUAAUUAUUAACCCAAAGAUAUAAUUCAGGAUUUUUGUACUAUGCAGUGAUUUAAACAUUUUAUAUUUAACUUAUGACAUAAAAUAUGUACGAUAUAUAUGAACCUAAUCCAAAACCCAAAUCCAAAUAAAGCAAACUCCUACAUUGUCUAAGUUUGUUGUACUUCUAAAUUUUUUAUUUUGGGUCUUUGGUUCUAGAUAUGAAUAUGAAAUUACUCAGUAUCUAUCCUUUCAGAAGCAGUAAGGAUGCUGAAAUCCUGCUAUCACAACAUUGCUAAACAACCAUUCUUUUCAGCUCCUACAGUACUAUAGGCAUCAUAACCUGCUAGCAAAAGCAGACUUUUUAAUAGCAGCCAUUAUUCAUCCUUUUACUUAAUGUGAUUUAUUGACUUUUGUUUGAUGACAUGAUCAAAUAAAGUAAUGGCCUCUUUUAAAAUGUAAAUGCUGAUUUUAUCUAUAGUUUAUUUCAAUUAUACUUUUCAUAAACGUACUGCUGAUGUGCGUUAUAAUACAAGAAAAUGUUUUAGGAACACUUGGUUUUAUGCUAAACAUUAUUUGGGUAAUAAGUGACUAUAAUGCACUGGUAACCGCCAAAAUUCUAAAUGUAGCAGAGAUCUGGCAUUGCUUAGCUCCAUAAUGCACACAGGACUGCAGUGUCCUUAAAGCAUUGUUUCUGUCCACUGCUGUCUUAGGAGUUGAUUACUCUCUGUACUAUCAGAGUAAAAGUCAGAGUAAUUCUGCUCAAAGCCAUAGCUUUAAGUGAGUGCACUGUUUAUGGAAGAUACUUGCCCACAGGCUACACUCAGAAGAUUCUGAAUUAAUUAAUGAUUAAUUAACAUCUGUAUGUCCUGGUUGCCCAUAUGACAAGAUGGUGAGGACAGGAUACUGUGAAAAACACGAUAUUGUGAGAGAGGGUUGUGCUUGGAAAAACUUUGUUUAGGAUGUUGAUGACUCAGCCUGAGUGCAGUCAUCAUUCCAGCUUGUUUUAUGAACUGGCCCAGUCCAGUUAUAGAGCAGAAUCAGAUAUUCCUGUUUAUCAUAUAAGCUGGAGUCAUGUUUUAGUUUAGAGAAAAGUCUUAUUCUUGUUUACUGAUAAAGUAAUGUUUGAUGUGGAAUCAUGGAUGAUGUGAUGACAAUGUUAUUCUGCGUCACUGUUGGAAGAGGGGAAAUUUAUUCUUUCACUUAGUUUUUUAAUCUAUGCAUAUUGCAAACAUUCUAUUCUUGUUUAAUGUUAUUUUAGUUUUUUUCAUUAUGUGUUUAUCUUUAAAAUAAAUUUUAGCUAGAUAGGCUACAGAGAAAGUUAGCAAACAUACAUUUAGUCAUGGAACUUCAGUUUCAGAACAGAUCUUAAAGCUAUCAUUAGUAAAAGUUUCUGCGUUGAAAAUUUUAUAAUCUCCAUUUUCUCAUCCUUCUGUUCAAAAACCUGUAAAGUUUUUUUAAUAAAGAAUAAAUUAUAGCUAGAAAGAAAACAUACAUCUAAGAUAGAAUUUUCUUUUGUUAGAGUCAUAAUAAGGCCCAUAGAGACAGCCCAAUAAACCUUGUAGAUUUCUGUAGCUUAAACUGGCCCCAUAUUUAGCUUUACAUUACAUUACAUUACUUAGAAAUCAAGUUCCAAAAACCCGUAACAGUGGUUACUGUUCUUUCCCUUAGGGUCUGAACAAGGAAAUCCAAUGUUUUUUGGUCAGCAGUAGGAAUUCCACUUUGUAAUCUGACGCUCUUCGUUCCUCUUCUCUCAAAGGCAGUAAACCAAAAAUUAAAGUCAGAAUGGAUUUUCAAAUCAUGUAGCAUUUGUAAAUCCUCACGCACCUUUAAUGAUUUGUUGGCAUGUGCAAACUGAAAGCGUCAUGACCUGGCCUUUCUCCUGUCAGUUCCUGCUCUCAUCACAUUGUCUAGUUAUGCCUGUUUCACAGAGAAUUCACGCUUUGCAUUUCUCUGAUUUCAGUUGUAUUGUUCCAAAUUCAUGAAGAAUAAAAGGAGUCAUAGAAGAGCCAGGAUCUUCUUAUUAGGAGGCUGAUACAGCUCUGUUGUAGCCAACUGAGCUACCCUAGUUCAUACCAAUAAGUAUUAUGCAGUUAUUGGGAAGAUAUUAGUCCUUUUUUUCUAUUUUUUUAUGUCUGGUAUCUAGCAAGCAUGUGGCAGUGGCAUGCUUCUGCAUAUUUAUCUAGUGGUAACAAUUGGAUCUUUUCAUGCUCAGAGUGAGUAACUCAACUCUAGUCAGUCUGUAAUUUCUUUCUGACAGACUCAUUAUUUCUCUGCCAAUUAUAUGGUUAUGGUUAUGGGCAUGGGCAGCUAUACAAUUUAAAAAAAGACAAUUUUUCUGUAAGCACAGUGUGUCUGUUCAAGCACAGUUCUGUCCUAACAGCGUACAAGCCUGCUCAUCCUAUGACCAUGGCUGCAUCUGUUGUAGAACAUGGCUGUAACAUACAGGAUAAAGCAAGCAUCUUGCCAUACAGUUUUACUUUCUGCACUGUUCAAGUUCACACUGAUGUCAGCAUGCCCUCUGACUUCAUUGUAAGAUCUAAGUGCUAUUUGAAAAAAAAAAAUCAGAUUAUUUGAAAAAAAAAUCAGAUUAUUUGCAAGCAUGAUACAAGCUGCAAACUCAGUUGGAACUGUAUAAACUUCUGUAAGACUUGUUUGUAGUAGCGACAAAUGUAGUAAAGAGAGCAGUUAGGAAAUCUGUUUGCUUUUCUCUGUGUUUUCAAUAUAUGUGCUGCACUUUAUCUGUGCAUAUUCCUUAGUCACUUCUACGACUCGUCUGUUAGAGGUGCUUUUGAAGAGAGAUGUAUUUUUGGAACAUUUAUUAAAACUGUGGUAUUUACUAGACUUGCAUAAGAAGUUCUGACAAGUCCACUCCUGCAGCUAGUGCAAAAAUCUUGGGGAAAUCAUAGUGAGGUUUUGGUAUAUUCUACACCUUGAGUUUGAGUACAUCCCUAUAGUUGAUACCUCUUGUGCAUGACAUUUAGCUUGGAUCCGUUAUCCAAACAGUGAUAGAAACUAUUACUGUAAAUCAGAAAAAAGCCUAUACAUUUUUGUAUGUAUACUGUAAAGUUGCAACAGUAAGUUUCAGCACAGUGGUUUUAUUCUAAUAGGAAAUGAUGUGGAUAUUGUUCAUUGUCACUCUUACCAGCAAAUUUUAUGCAUCUGAAGUUUAUGCAUUGCCUACAAAGCAGAGAGAAGGCAUUGGCAUUACUACACCCUGUUCUUCAUAGGUCCAUCAUCUUAGACUUGCUGCACCACCAUCUGAAAUCAGCUGCUGGGAGGAAGGAACACUGGCAACAGCAUUCAGGAAGUGCAGUCUCAGGCUCUGCACUUUGUUAAUGGUGUUAUGUUAAUGGUGAUUAAUGUUCCUUUCUAUUUUGCUAGCUUCUUCCUUGUGGGAAGAGAUCAUAGAAAGCUGAAAUACUUCAAAUAACUAUUGAUAUUAAUGAUUUUCUUAAAAAAAAGAA